GGACUGCGAACACUCGUAUUGGGUUGACAAGUGACAUUUCGUUGAUUGUUUUGGUCGUUGUAAUUGCGAUUUUGGCUUGAUAGAUAAUCUUUCAAGAUGGGGAACAGCGAUAGUAGAUGUUGCGGCAACGGGGCAGUGGAUGGCGAGAGCCGUUGCUUUGGCACGCGUAUGAAAGUGCACAACUUCACCUCCCCCUCCCCCUCAUUUGUCAUGCAAAACCCCGAAUCCAGACCCUGCUUCAUGGCACUGUUUGCAUGACAACUUCUGGUAGCUGAAAUAGCACUACACGACUCCAGUGUAAGUUUGUCAUGCAAAACCGGCAUUCUUGCUGAUGUUUGUAUUGCCGUUCAUGCUAUACAAAUGAGGGGGGGAGUUGUGCACUGUCAUAACGCGUGACCGGCAGUCGGACAGCUGUGGCGAAGAUGAGGACGAAAAUAGCUACACCUCCGAGCAGAACCCCGUGGCAGCUGUUGGUAAAAACAAUAUUAAAACCACGAAGAGCAGCACGACCACGGCAGGGAAGCAGAACAAGCUCCUCCAGCAUGAUGAGCAGCAAAAACUACAGGGCACAACUUCUACAAGUACAAGCGAACUACGGGGAGGAGCAAAUACAAAUAGUAAGGGAGAAAUCAAGAAGAAGAGGAAAAAGAGCAAGGAGGUGAAAUUGAACGACCAGCACAAGAAUGUGAAUGGGAAGAUCAUGCUGAACAGCACAGUAACUUCUACACCAACGAACCAAUUCGACGUCGUUCGAACACCAUGCAAUAAAUCUACUUGUUCCACUCGCCAGCCUAGCACGAGAAAAGCGCCACUGUCGGCCGCUUCCUCUACUGCGUUUGAUGACCCACCAUUGGGUAAAAAUGAAGUACUUGCGUUGCGAACCACAAUCGCAAGUACGGUAGCACCACCGACGUCGGCGGGUGGAUUCACUUCUAGGCAGAACUCUAUGGGAGUUGUUGUGUCGAAGCUGCAGCCCGCCACGAGUUCUGGUGCUAUUUCUACACUUGUUCAACACACCACUGGCGCGGCUCAUGCAGGGGUGGAAAAAAACAAAAACACCACGACGCAGAAGCGGCCCCUUGCAGCAGGAAGGAAAAAGUCGGGGGCUUCCUCGCCGCAUAAAAAAGAAGAU